UUGUCCGGGCAAAGACUCUGCAGGAGGGGACGUUAAUGUCGACGUUUAAGUCCGAUUUCAACUCAACAAGUCCGGGGAGAUUUUAACGCUCGGUGUGGAGGAGGCGGAAAGGACAGGAAAAAGCAACUUAGUUGGGUACCGACCGAAGGUCUGCUGCAUAGCUUCCCUGCACCAGCCCUGCAGUACUUUCCCCCGAUGGUACGGCGCGGCGCGGCGGAGAGCCACAAAUCACCCAGAAAAGACGAAAGAAUGAAGACCAGUCUCUGAAUAAUCGCCCGGUGUCCCGCGCAGAUGUGCGCCGAACACGUCCGCAUCGCACGCUAACCCGACCGACAAGUAGCUUUUUCUUUUUUUUACCCCCCCCCCGCCCCGUAAAAUCUUUAGGACGUCAUGAGCGCCGAAGGCUAUCAGUACCGAGCUCUUUACGAGUACAAGAAGGAGCGGGAGGAGGACAUUGACUUACACGUGGGGGACAUAUUGCUGGUGAGCAAGGGGACGCUGGCGGCGCUGGGCUACGCCGACGGCCUGGAGCAGAGGCCCGAAGAGAUCGGGUGGCUGCCCGGCUUCAACGAGAGCACCCAGGAGAAGGGCGACUUCCCCGGCACGUACGUGGAGUACAUCGGGAAGAAGUGGAUCUCGCCGCCCACGCCCAAGCCCAGGCCGCUCAGGCCCCUGCCGGUGGCUCCCGGGGCGUUCCGGUCCGAGGCCGACUCCGACUCGGAGCAAGGCUUCUGGCUGCUGGACCUGACGGAGCAGUUUUCCCUCCCAGAGACGGCCCCGCCCCCCUUGGUCCGUCUGCUCCAAGCCAUCGAGAAGAAAGGUCUGGAGAACCCGACCUUGUACAGAACUUUUACGGCGGGCGGCGGCCUCGAGGUCCGACAGUUCUUUGAGUCUGACGCUCCCACAGUGGACCUGGAGCAGCUGGACCUCCCCACCCUGUGUGACGGCCUGCGCAGGUUCCUGCAGGACCUUCCCCAGCCCAUCGUCCCGCCCGCUCUGUACGCGCAGAUGGUGCACACGGCCAAAGAGGUGCAGAACCCCGAGGAGUGCGCCAGGCUGCUGCGCCGCGUCACCAGCAGCACCACCCUGCCCCCCCAGUACUGGCUCACCCUGCAGUGUGUGCUCCGACACCUGGCCCACGUCUGCCAGAGCGCCUCCAAGAACCUGCUGAGCGCCAGAGCUGUGGGCGAGAUCUUCAGCCCCGUCUUCUUCAGGCAGCAGAGCACCAGCUGUGAGCCCAGCUUGGACGCUCACGUCAGGAUCAUCGAGGUUCUGGUGGCCAGCGAAUGGACUGAAAGUCAGGCGGCUCCAGCUCUCCCUCCGAAGCCGCCUAAGCCCGCCAUUGCCGCCGCCGCCGCCACCACCGUGGGCGCCAACGGUCUGAACAACAGCAUGGCGCUGCAGGACGCCGAGUGGUACUGGGGGGACAUCUCCCGCGAGGAGGUCAACGAGAAGCUGAGGGACACGGCCGACGGGACCUUCCUGGUGCGGGACGCCUCCACCAAGAUGCACGGCGACUACACCCUGACGCUGAGGAAAGGCGGCAACAACAAGCUCAUCAAGAUUUUCCACCGGGACGGAAAGUACGGCUUCUCGGACCCGCUGACCUUCAGCUCGGUGGUGGAGCUCAUCAACCACUACCGCAACGAGUCCCUGGCGCAGUACAACCCCAAGCUGGACGUCAAGCUGCUCUACCCGGUCUCCAAGCACCAGCAGGAUCAGGUGGUGAAGGAGGACAACAUCGAGGCCGUGGGCAGGAAGUUGUGUGAGUACCACCAGCAGUACCAGGAGAAGAACAAGGAGUACGAUCGACUCUACGAGGAAUACACCAGAACCUCACAGGAGAUCCAGAUGAAGAGGACCGCCAUCGAGGCCUUCAACGAGACCAUCAAGAUCUUCGAGGAGCAAUGUCAGACGCAGGAGCGCUACAGCAAAGAGUACAUCGAGAAGUUCAGGAGGGAAGGAAACGACAAGGAGAUCCAGAGGAUCGUGGGGAACUACGAGAAGCUGAAGUCCAGGAUCAGCGAGAUCGUGGACAGCAAAAGCCGCCUGGAGGAGGACUUGAAGAAGCAGGCGGCAGACUACCGAGAGAUCGACAAGAGGAUGAACAGCAUCAAGCCCGACCUCAUUCAGCUGCGCAAGACCAGAGACCAGUACCUCAUGUGGUUGACGCAGAAAGGAGUCCGACAGAAGAAACUGAACGAGUGGCUCGGCAUCAAGAACGACAACAUCGAAGACCAAUACUCCAUGGUGGACGACGACGAGGACCUUCCUCACCACGACGAGCGCUCCUGGAAGCUGGGCAACAUGAAGCGUGUGCAGGCCGAGGCGCUGCUGCAGAGCAAGCGAGACGGAACAUUCCUGGUGCGGGAGAGCAGCAAGGCAGGAUGCUACGCCUGCAGCGUGGUCGUGGACGGCGAGGUGAAGCACUGCGUCAUCAACAAGACGCCGUCCGGCUACGGUUUUGCCGAGCCGUACAACCUGUACGGCUCCCUGAAAGAACUGGUGCUGCACUACCAGCACACGUCUCUGGUGCAGCACAACGACUCUCUGAAUGUCACGCUGGCUUACCCCGUCUACGCUCAGCAGAAGCGAUGAACGUUUGCACAAAGGCACGCCAGAAAGGGCGCACCGAGGUACACGUCACUGGACUCGCGCGCCGUAGAUGCGGCGCCGCUUUGUCGGGGGGGGAAACCUUUGACUUCCUGCCGCCGCCGCCGGCGUGAAUGUACAUUUUUGAAGGCGAGAGUAGAGACGGAGCUGCUGAACUUUUUGAGGCCUUUUUUCCAAAAACGGUGCUCUAGCAGCCCUCGUGUCUGACCAACUCUCCUUUUUCUUUGCCCCUGUCCAUGUGACCAAAUCUCGUCAAAUCAGGAAGGAGUGUGUUGUCGGGGGGCGGAGUCAGGUACUUGCUGGUGUUAACUGUUCAACAGCAGAUCAGCUGAUCAAUGUAGCAUAAUGGCACUUUGCAAACGAUCCUUGUUUUUCUGGGUGUGUUCUUCUUGGACGAGUCCUGUGGACUUGCAGGCAGUUGAAAACUACUUUGGUGUGCAAGACCCUUACCCACAAUCCCCCUCGCUUCAGUCAGCAUUAGGAGACGACAAAGUCAUAAUUAUGAGAUAAAGAGUCAAAAUGAUAAGAUAAAGAGUCAUAAUUAUAAGAUAAAGAGUCGAAAUUAUGAGAUAAAGAGUCGAAAUUAUGAGAUAAAGAGUCGAAAUUAUGAGAUAGUCAGUUAUGAGAUUGAAGUCGAAGUGAGAUUAAAAAGUCAAAAUUAUGAAAAAAAAAAGAGUAAAAAGUAUGAAAAAAAAGGUCAUGAGAGAGUCAAAAUUGAGAAAGUUGAAUUUGAGAAAAAAAGUCAUAAUUAUGAGUCGAAAUAAUGUGUCAUAUAUAUGAGUAAUGAGUCAUCAUUAUGAGUGAUAAUUAUAAGAUGAAAAGUCUAUUAGAUUAAAAAGUGAAAAUUAUGAGAAAAGAGUAAAAAUUAUGAGAAAAAGUCAUGAGUCAAAAUUGAGGAAAAAAAGUCAGUUAUGGGAGUCGAAAUUAUGAGAGUGGUAAUUAGAAGAUGAAAAGUCAAUUAUGAGAUAAAAAGUGAAAAUUACGAGCAAGUCAAAAAUAUGAGAUAUAAAAGUCGAAAUUAUGAGCUAGUCAAAAAGUUGAAAUAAUGAGAAAGUCAAAAUGAUGGUAUAAAAAGUCAUAAUUACGAGUCAAAAUUAUGAAAUAGUCCAAAUGAGAUAAAAACAACCUUCUCAUAAUUGUGACUUUUUACAUUAUGAGAUAAA